AUAGGAGUGCAGACAUUAUAAGUGCAGUGAAAGUGUAGUAAGAGGAAAUACAAAUAGGUCUAUACAAACUCACAUAGUCUGAAUUAUCCGGACAUAUUUAUCUAGGCAUGUUUGGUCUAACUUAUCCUAACUUAAAUCUUACAAUUUCUUGUUCUAAUUGAGACAAAUGACUGGCAUGUUAAACUUUUUACACUUACCUAGUUAGGCUACUUUUACCUACAUAGUGGGCCAAUGAUAUAUUGCUUCUAAAAUUGAUAAAUCCAAAUUCCAAGUAGCUAACAUAUUUCUACAUGUUAAACAAAGAAAUGUGUACAUUAGGAAAAUAGAUGAAAUAUCACAACGUUUGGUAAAUAAUGCCUACAUUGUUUUCCCAAGAAGCCAUCAGAUUAGCCUACUUUCCCUCAAACAAUGUUCACCCUCCCUGCGCAUACAGCUGUCUGCGCAACGACUCCGCAGCCAUGACGCGUAUGAAUGUUUUCCGGCAGUCAUCUACAACCAUAGACAGUACAACACGUAUUUGUGUAUCAGCACGUCCAUCUGGCUGACUGUAAUGUUCCAUUCAGAAGCCUAUGGGCUUAAUGGCAGUAGUAUAUUUUGAGGGCCGUGCUUCACAUCAAAUGGCAGCCGUUGUCUGGGUGCAGAUAACUGUAAGCUUUUUCGUAUUUUUACUAUCAGCACCGAGUCAAGCCGCUCGGCUCUACACCGAAGAUGAUCCAGUGACUAUACUGACCACCGACACACUGAAGCAGAAUGUUCACAACUCUUCAACAGCUUGGCUGGUCCAGUUUUAUUCAUCGUGGUGUGGUCAUUGCAUCCAGUACUCGCCGACCUGGAAAGCCCUGGCGGGAGAUGUCAAAGACUGGGAACAGGCCAUCCGCAUCGGAGUACUGGACUGCGCUCAUGAGAAGAACUUUGACAUCUGCAAGGAGUUUGAGAUCCACUUUUACCCCACCUUUAGGUAUUUCAAAGCACAUGGCAGCAACACUGAUGUCGGCAAAACAUACAGAGGUCCCGACCGUGAGCUUCAGACCGUUAGACAGCUGAUGGUGAACUUCCUGCAGAACCACACAAAGCAGGACUGGCCCUCUCACUGCCCUCCUCUAGAACCCUACAGUUCGGAGGACAUUCUGACAUUACUGGGACACAAGUCGGAGCAGUACACAGCUGUUAUCGUUGAGGAUGCCGAUUCCUACGUGGGGCGGGAGGUGAUCCUGGACUUGAUGCCUUAUCAGGGUGUGGGCGUCCGGCGAGUGCUGAGCUCGGACAAGCUGCUCAUGGAUCGGCUGGGUGUGACCGACGUGCCUGCUGCCUACCUCUUACACCCCAACGGCACGCACGGCCUUAUGGACGCUCAGAAGAGGCUACGGUUCUUCUUCUCCUCCUUCCUCAAGCUCCUCCCUGGCGUCCACAGACAAAACUCCGCCUUCCUCCAGAACUCCGCCCACUCUUCCAGCAAUGGCCACAAACCCACCGAGGAGUGGAAAGAGUUUGAGAAGUCCAAGGUGUACAUGGCUGAUCUGGAGUCAGGCUUGCACUACCUGCUGCGGGUCGAGCUGGCCACACACCACACUCUGGAGGGGGAGGAGCUUAAGGCCUUUAAAGACUUUGCCACCGUCGUUGCCAAGCUGUUCCCAGGCAGGCCCUCGGUGGUGAAGCUCCUGGAGACGCUGCUGGAGUGGGCUGUCAGCCUGCCGCUGGACAAGAUCCCGUACGACGCCGUGCUCGACCUCGUCAACAACAAGAUGAGGAUCUCCGGGUUGUUCCUGAGUGACCGCGUCCAGUGGGUCGGCUGCCAGGGCAGCAGCGUGGCGUUGAGGGGGUACCCCUGCUCCCUCUGGAUGCUGUUCCACGUGCUGACUGUACAGGCCGCCAAACGCCCUGACGCCCUGGCCAACACAGCUCUCGAGGACGACCCGCAAGCUGUGCUGCAGACCAUGCGCAGGUACAUCACCACCUUCUUCGGCUGCCAGGAGUGCGGCCGCCAUUUUGAGGAGAUGGCCCAGGAGUCCAUGGGGGCCAUCAAGACGACUGACGAAGCCGUUCUCUGGCUCUGGAGGAAGCACAACCAGGUCAACCGCCGACUGGCAGGCUCCAUGAGUGAGGACCCUCUGUUCCCCAAGACGCAGUGGCCGACCCCUGACCUGUGCCCCACCUGCCAUGAGGAACGCAGCGGCAUCCACGUCUGGAACGAGCCCACCGUGCUCGACUUCCUCAAACGCCACUACGGCUCCGCCAACAUCUCCCCCAAGUACACCCUCCAGCCCGCUCCGCCCGCUCCCCCCAAAGACCCCGCCCCCCCCGAUGCCCCCAACGCAGACGCAGACGCCGACUCCAACAUUCCCGCUCCCGAGGCCCCUGCCCAGCCCGGCCCAGCACAGCCCCCCCUGGAUGUCCUCCCUCGGCCAGAGAGCCUGGGGAACCACAGCGAGUCUCAGCUCCAGGUGCAGCCCCGGCGGGAGCUCCAGCGUGCGCAGCGGCAGGUGCAGGGGCAGGGCGUGGGGGCCCAGAGGGAGCCGCGUGUGGGGCCUAGCGUCAGCUUCCUGGCCCUGGGGUUCUCCAGCGUGGACAUGAGCCUGUGCGUGCUGCUCUACGCCGCCUCCUGCGUCUUCCUCAUGUUCAUGUUCUUCUUCUUCUUCCAUGUAAAAGACAAGACCAUCUUCAGAUGA